GCUAGUAAUGAUAACGGAGACCCGCGGGUGGACGCGAUGUGGUCGGUGUUGUUGUGCGCGCUAGUGGCGGCUGCGGCUGCGGCUGCCAGAGAGUUCACUGAGGAGGACCAGUUCCGACUGCCGAGGCUGUAUCACCUGGAUAACUACGAGAGAUGUCUGGCGCCGAGAGACGGCCUCUACUGCGUCGGAAGCUUCCGCCUCUCCACCGACCAACCCAAUGCUGCCUAUAACUUUAUUAAGGAAUACUCAUCAGAUCCUCAGAACUUCGACAGGACGCUAGUCCAUCGAGGCUACUGCCUAACAUCCCGCUGCCCGUCCAAAGAGUCCAACACCACGCUCCGCUUCGAGCGAUGCGUGGAGCAGCAGGCUCUGUCUCCCGGUCUCCAGGCCUCGCUGGAGAGCAUCUCCUGCAAGACGCACGAGGAUCUGAGGGUCAAGAAGCAAGGAAUGGACACACCGCAGCAAGUUUGGCUCGGUUUCGUCGCUGUCUUCUGCUUUUUCAAUCUCAUUGGGACUUUGUACGACUUGGCGACGAGAGGAGAAGGAAAGAGCAGGCUGCUAAACGCGUGGUCGGUCCGCGCCAACUUCGCGCGUCUAUUGGCCACCUACGAAGACGGAGACCCGAGGCUGUCUGCGCUGGCACCCUUACAAGGAGUCAAAACGCUGCUGCUGGCGCUAAUCAUAAUGACUCACUCAGCAGAGAUACAGCACAAACUGUACCUCUACAACCCUGAGUACUUUGAACGGAUUCUCCAACACCCAAUAACCAUGCUGAUAAGGAACGGCUCGGCGCUAACGCAGAUCUUCAUAGUGAUCUCCAACUUCUUGUUCGCGUACAGCCUGCUUCUGUACUCGAAGACUAAGCAACUUGGACUGGCGCAACUGCCCAUGUGUAUACUGCAUAGACUUGCUAGGAUAACCCCAGUGCACCUCCUGCUGGUGGGGUUUGCGGCGACCUGGUGGCGGCCGAUGAACGAUGGGCCGCAGUGGGCGCUCACCGUGGGCGCUGAGAGUGACAUCUGUCGAAAGAAGUUCUGGACGCACGCACUCUACCUGCACAACGUCUUCAAUGCUGAGGAAUACUGCUUACUGCCCACGUGGUUCCUAGCAGUUGACAUGCAAUUGUAUAUAGUAGCCGCAAUCCUGACCCUCUACCUGAUGCAGAAGAAGAAAAACCAGAUCCCUAUUCUGGCGACACUGUUCGUCCUCUCGUGCGCACUGAACUUUGGACUCGCGUACAUCAACGAGUGGAAAUCACUGCUCUACAUCAUGGUACCUGAGAACGUUCGGCAAACAUUCCGCGGCGUGCCGUCAUUCGCGCAGUUCUACACGUCGCCGUGGGGCAGCCUGCCCGCCUGCCUGAUGGGGCUGCUCACCGCGCACAUACACUUCAGCAUGCAGGAGCAGGGCUACAAGAUCACUAAGCACAAGUGGGUCGUGUGGCUCUACCAGCUGACGGUGCCGCUGCACAUGGCGUGGAUCAUGGCCGGCAACGCCAUCCUGGGGCACACGACACGCGUCGCCGCCGCCGCCUAUGUUGCCGUCGAGAGACCCUCCUUCGCGCUCCUCGCCUCCUUAACAUUGCUGGGCAUCGCCAAUAACAUUGACGACUGGUUCCGGCGAGCGGCCGCAUGGCGCGGCUGGGCCGCCAUCGGCCGCAUGUCGCUGGCGAUCAUGAUGCUGCACUGGAUCAUCAACGUGCACCGCGUGGGCUCCCUGCGCACGCUCACUGAGGCCUCCGUCGCGUCUAUUGGUGGUGACAUGCUGACGACCAUGCUGUGGACGACGGUGCUGGCGGUACCGGUCACAGUGCUCGUGGAGUCGCCCGUGACACGCUCCUUCACGGCGCUGCUAACCUAGUACCUCGCAGUUUGAUCCGAACUUAAGACCUCUCUGAACUUAGCGUGAGUUCUACUUAAACUUAAGUGGACAACUUCAGAGAUUUGUAACGCCACUUUAAAAAUAAAAAUAAAAUAAAUAUAGUUAAGGUUUCGAUAUAUUUUUUCACGAUAAACUUGAUCGUGAGUGGCUGGUAUUAGCUAUAGGAGUAACCAAAAUGUACAAUAAUAAUAAUUUUACCCAUGUCAGCUCACUGCUGAGUUCGAGUCUCCUCUCAGAACGAGAAGCCAAUAUAUAGAUAGGCAGGUUUCCUCACGAUGUUUUUAUUUCACCGUUUGAGACACGUGAUAUUUAAUUGCACACAACUGAAAGUUAGAGGUGCAUGCCCAGAAACGGAUUUGAUCCUACACCCUCCGAAAUUUGAGGUCAUAUUCACUGGGCUAUCAAGACUUGUAAUGUAUAAAUAAAUAAUUAUAAGCUGCUUGAUACACCUUUUUCUUUCCUAUAGAAUAAUGAAUUGCACAUGUUAUAAAUAUGUUUAUAUUGAAAAAGUUAAAUGGUAAAGUUGAAAUGAGGUUCCAGUCAAUGUAGAAAUUCAUGCACUUUCAGAGAGUUUAUUAAGUUCGUCUUAUGCUAUAUUAGGAGUACUUACUACGUACUCUCACCCUGUGAUAUAUUUUAUUUAGUUCGUAUAAGUGGCAAUAUGUUUAAUGGCUAUAAUAUGGCUAUAUAUACUUUUAAUACAUAAUUUGAACGCUUAGAUUAAGAUGUACAAUUCCUGUUUGAAAGUCAUGCAUUGUGUUCACGUUUCAACUAUUAGUAAGUAUUGGCUAUAAAAUUGUAGUGAAACGCAAACUUUGAAAUAAGGAAUUUAGAAUUUAAUCUGACGUUACAGACUAUAGCCGGAUUUAUAUUUGUCUGACGUGUCGUGUCGUGUCGUGCAAUUUGUUUUCGACACAUCAGAAAUCAUCACGACACAAUAAGUGUAAACGUUGCCUUAUAGAAUGUCUGAUACCGAUUCUGUUCUGAUACGUCACGACACGACACGUCAGACAAAUAUAAAUUCAGCAUAAAUAAUUGAAUACUCUAAAAGUACAAGCAUUGUAAAAGUUUUACUAAUAUUGAAAGUAAGAGUUAUUUUGUAAUACUCUAAGGUGAACAUUGCAAAAAAAGCUCAUUCUCAAUACUUUACAUUCAAUAUUUUUAAAUAUCGUCAGCGUACGAAUUAAUAUUUUAAUAAUAUAGAUUAACACAAUGUACAAAGAUUAUUAUAAGUUUGCUCAUAAGUUAAGUUAAGGCUCGUAUUCAUUCGUAAACAUUUUGUUAAUAGUACAAAGUUUCAAAUUCAAAACUUAUGGUUAUCGAAUUUGAUAUAGCAAUAUGUAUCAAAUAUAUUUAGAAACAUGUCUAAUAGAAAAAUGUUUGCUUACAUACUUAACAUUAUUGUACACAUUUUAUCGUAUAGCAUUAAAAAAAAGAUAAUAAGUAUCGUUUGUUUAUUAGAUUUACACCAAAAUCACUAUAUAAAAUAUGGUUUAUAUGUUGCCUAAUAAAGAAUUCGAUUAUAUUUUAUGACAAACUAAAAAAAAAUCUUGUCUUACCAAUUUCACCUUCGCGGAUUUAAAUGCUAACGACAAAAUGCCAAACAGCAAUGUGUAUAGUAAUGAGAAUGUGGCUUAUUAUUAAAAAUCUAGAAAUAUUUUCUAAAUUAGAAAAAUAUUGUCAGGAAAACUUUAUUAAACGAAUAGCUGUAAGCUUUUUAUAAAGUAACAGGUUAUGACGUGGAAUAAGAACAAUGAAAACAUUAUGUAGAUGCCCACUUUUUUAUAAUAUAAUUAAGUAUCAUAUUACAUAAAAUAGUUUCUAGCAGAAACUACUAAUAUUUCUAAUUUUUAUAAUCAUGUAAAUAAAAAAUUGAUGAUGUA